CAGUGGGCGGCCCGGCCCACAGAGCACAGCACCGAGACCCGAGACCCGACACCAGGGAGUGGUGGAUAGCAAACCGGCAGCUGGCUCGGGUUUAUGUAUCCAACCUGCUUGUGUCCAGACGCGAGCUUCCAGCCGGUUGAAGCAUGGAGGAGUUAGCCAGAGAGAGCAUUAACCUGCUGGCUUCAGCCUCUUCAAAGCCCCCGCUGGAUGUAGUGGCCGGGCCUCGGCUCGGUUCUAUGGGAGCCAUUUUCAUCAUGCUGAAAUCUGCACUCGGAGCCGGACUUCUUAACUUCCCCUGGGCCUUCGCGAGAGCCGGGGGCAUCCGCAGCGCAGUCACCGUGGAGCUGGUCUCUCUCGUGUUCCUGGUCAGUGGUCUGAUCAUCCUUGGUUACUCCUCGUCCAUCAGUGGCCAGUGCACGUACCAGGCGGUUGUGAAGGAGGUGUGUGGGCCAGCCAUUGGUCAGCUGUGUGAGAUCUGCUUCGUCUUCAACCUCUUCAUGAUCUCUGUGGCCUUUCUGGUUAUAGCGGAUGACCAGCUGGAGAAGUUGAGUGGCUCCCUGUACGAGCUGGUGACUGGCUUGCCGGAGUCAGAGAUGCCGUAUCACUUCUACACAGACCAGCGCUUCGCCCUAACGCUGCUCUGCAUCCUCCUCAUUCUGCCUAUGUCCAUCCCCAAAGAAAUCAGCAUUCAGAAAUACAUCAGUGUUCUAGGUACUCUGGCUGCGACCUACCUGACCAUUGCCAUCAUCAUCAAAUAUCACACCACGCCUCAUGUUCUGAUUUAUGCGACCCCUCUUUACACCAGUGGGAUCAGCUCCUGGGCCUCCAUGUUUAGCGUCAUCCCCACCAUCUGCUUUGGUUUCCAAUGCCACGAGGCGUCCAUUGCCAUCUACAGCAGCAUGGAGAACCAGCGGCUCUCUCAUUGGGUCUUCAUCUCUGUGGUCUCCAUGAUCUUCUGUCUUAUUAUCUACUCCCUCACAGGUCAGACAGUCCUCCACUUCCUUUUACAUCUGUUGGUAUGGCUGGACCUGAACACACAGUUGGGGAAGAAACACUUCCUGUCCACAGAGAUCCUCCUGAUUCAGUGGCAGCGACACUUUAGGAGCAGAUAUCAGCUGCUCCAACACAACUUCAGAUCUGUGAUCCAGGACCCUCUGCUAAAUUGGCGGCGGCGACGUGGUAACGUCGCAACAGCGGAGUUUGAAAGCCGCAGCCGUUACGUGCUAACAGUCCUGUGGAUAACUGUGACGCUGCUCAUUGCCACGUGCAUACCAGACAUCAGCAAGAUCAUCAGCGUCAUGGGAGGCAUCAGCGCCAUCUUCAUCUUCAUCUUUCCAGGACUCUGCUUGAUAUUUGCAAUGCAGUCUGAGCUGGUCUCCUGGAAGACUAGAGUCAUCCUCACACUUUGGGGGGUUGUGACCUUGAUCUGCGGAGCUUUCAUUUUCGGCCAGAGCACCACCACGGCUGUCAUGCAGGUCCUUGGAAGGAUCUGAUGUUUCCUCCUCCCUUACAUAUCCAUAGUGCUUCUGGAGACUAGAUCCUUACUCGUACUCCCUCAUCUCCUCUCCCUGAAAGAGCCCGUUGUGAAUAAUGGCCACUGGGACUCUUAAAAAAAAGGACUUGACCCUUGAACAAACAAGUAGCCCUCAAAGCGUGCUACUUAUUGCUGUAACCACAAUGAGCUAAUCUAGAGUCAAGUUUAAUGUUCAUGAGGUAUAAUAGUUCUUGGUAGUGAGCUGUGCUUACCUAAGAUGGUCUAAUUGAACUCCUCAGGUAUUUCUGCAGUUUGAACAGUUUGUUGUACAUCUGCGGUUUUCACUUCCAACGUGCAUGUUUGUGCAAAUGUGUUUAACACCGGGCUGUAUUCAGAAAUAUAUUUUUAAAUAUAUUUACAGAGCAUGCUGCCUUACACUGACAGUGAGCAGUGUAAUUUUACCAAUGCUUAUUUUCUAAGUCAUUUUUUUAACACUAUUUUACACUCUAACUUUGGAUACACAUGAACAACACACAUAAGUUAUUAAAGGUCCCAUA